UGUACUCUUGUUUAGUUAUUUCUGUGCUGGUACUUGUAUUCUAUCUGUUGGCACCAAAAACACAAAGCUUAAGCUGCGUUGAAUUUCGAGAGAAGGUGAUAGAAGUUGAAGCGAUUUGGGUGAGAUGAUGAGGGUAGGGUUGUUUUGUGGGGAACUGGGUUUUCUUACCCCUCCUGCUCCUACUCAUACUCUUUAUUUAUCCCAUCGCUGCAAUAACUCUACACUUUCAUAUAUUCAUAAACAUCCUUCUCCUCUAAUGUUUCCUAACUCUGCUUCUCAUCACAAUAAUCGAUUCGUUGCUUCUGCUUCUUCAGCUCCAUCAGUUUCCGGUUCAGGUGCUCAAUAUUCCGAGCAGUUGUUGGAUGCUGGAGCAAAAAAGAAUAAGGGGGUAUCUGGCAUGGAUCAGGAGGAGUUAGUGGAUCCAAAGCUUUUAGCUGAUCUAGACAGUUGUUUUUGUGAGUUCAAAGGAGUGCAUAUACACCACAAGAUAUGUGAUGCUGAAUCCCAAGCAGAAAGCAUGUUCCAGAGUCGGUCUGUUUCAAAUCAAAUCAAGAAGCUUGGUUAUCCUAUGAUUCUGUUACAUGGGUUUGGAGCCUCCGUUUUCUCAUGGAAACAAGUUAUGAAGCCUUUGGCAGGGGUUACUGGUUCAAAAGUUCUUGCUUUUGAUAGGCCAGCCUUUGGAUUGACAUCAAGGGUAAAUUUAUCUAGGCCUCUUUCUUCAGAAAUGGAAGACACAAAACCUCUAAAUGCAUACUCAAUGGCAUUUUCCGUGCUUGCUACCUUGCACUUUAUUCAAUUGUUAAAUGCUGAGAAGGCAAUUUUAGUGGGGCACUCAGCUGGUUCACUUGUAGCAGUUAAUGCAUAUUUUGAAGCUCCUGAACGUGUUGCUGCUCUGAUCCUAGUUGCCCCAGCAAUUUUUGCCCCACUUUCUACACCAAAAUCUGUUAAAGAAAAUCAAUCAAGACAUGAUAGCCGAAAAAAAGAAGACAACAGUUCCAUCAGAAAAAAUCCAAUUUUGGCAAUUUACAAGGUGUUGUCCAAGAUUACCAAGUACAUUGCAGAGGCAAUAACAGGGGCUAUAAAGCGGAUGAUAGAUAUCUUCAACUUUUUCUAUAGGAAAUUGUUAUCAGCUAUCCUGCGUUCUUCCCUUGCUAUAAUGCUGGUAAGAAUGGUAAUUAUUAAGUUUGGUACUGCUGCAGUUCGAAACGCAUGGUACAACCCAAAGCAGGUCUCUGAGCAUGUCCUUAGUGGUUAUACAAAGCCUUUAAGGACUAAGGAUUGGGAUCGGGCACUGGUGGAAUACACUGCAGCAAUGCUUCUGGACGAGGAAUAUAAAACAAAGCCAUCACUAUCUAAACGACUUCAUGAAAUAUCUUGUCCUGUUCUGAUGGUAACUGGUGAUACUGACCGACUAGUCCCUUCAUGGAAUGCCGAGAGACUUUCACGAGUCAUACCAGGAGCAUCAUUUGAAGUAAUUAAGCAAUGUGGCCAUCUUCCCCAUGAAGAAAAAGUGGAGGAGUUCAUUUCAAUUGUUGAAAACUUCCUAAGGAAAUUAGUUACUGAUUCAAGCGAACAAUAUCUACAACGAGCAAAUUGAAUUUUCCUACAUCAAGCUUCCCCAUUUUACUGCCUAGAGAAGAUUCAUAUAAUACAGGCAGAAGCUAAUGCAGCUUGAUCAGACGGAAAAAGAUUCACUAGAGGCAUAUUGAUACUCGUUAAAUUCAUCAAGCUCGAUGGUCUUUAUCUAGCAAUUGGAAAAAUUCUUAUAAACAAUAAUGUAUAACUCAGUCUUACAUUAUUAUAUAUUUAUAUUGCUCGAAUGAUCUGUAUCAUCACUGCCCAUUGAACCUAGCAUAGUUGUCUCUUGGAUGUAAAAGGACUUAUAAUUCAACAAGUGAUCUCUAAUUUAUAUAUUUGAUUUUGGGAUGUGGAUAA